AAACAUUUUGUAGCUGUGGCAAUGCAAAAGAAUGCGGUGCGCGCUGAUGCGGGGCCAGAUGUGUGCAGCGAUGGAGACGAACCAGAAGUUCGACGUUUGCGAGAGGCAGUGCCCCAUGGGCAAGUCUGCAAAGGUGCAGGACGAGGACCUGGUCAUCGAUGGGGAGACGGCGGUUGAUGACUUGCAACGCAGCUGCAGGGGGAACAACUCCCUGGAGAACUGCAUUUGUUUCGCAUUAAAUUCUGAUUUGGAGUUGGUAGCCCAACGCAUUGCUCAACAGGAAGAGUUCGCAGAGCAGGUGCUGCGUGAUGGAGGAGGUGGUGAUGGAGCAAGACGCAGGGCGCCUUCAGCACAAGAUGUGCAGAAACUUUUGCGGUUGCUCAGAGAGACUAGCAAGCUAGCCUCCAAGAUUGGGGAGUUACCCAGUCAGUUUGAUGCGCUGGUCAGUGAAGAAGCACGUGAGGCUUGCAGAGCGGCUGCCCAGGCUGUGACAAAGCUUCCGCUGCCAGAGUCAUCUGUGAUGGAGGAAGACACCCCCGUAGGUGAAGAGAACUGGGGAGAAUGGACUGACGAUCCCAUGCAUGCACUGGCCGCAGUGGACCUGCAGAGUACAGAGGAGGAAGCGGACGAAGCGGAACCUUCGCAUGCCGCUGCUGAGCCCAAACAGGCUCAGCGAGCUGUUGAAGGUGAUGAGGAGGAGGAAGAGCCGGAGGUAAAGGAGGAUGGCCAUGAUGCAGCAGGGCUGAAAUCGAGUCUGCAGGAGAUAGCAGCACCGCUUCAAGCGAAACCAGAGGCAGAGGGCAAACCAGCAAUCGAGGAUGAGGAGGGUGCGCCGGUCAUUCACGUCUCUCAACUUCCGGAGUGGCUAGAGGAUGCUGCGCCCAAGGAGCCUGUGGGUAAAGUGCAGUCUAUCGUGCAAGAUCUUCUCAUUAUCCAGGGAGGGGAGGACAGCAAGGCCUUGGACCUCGGCUCUGUGGUUUGCGAAGCAGAUGGGCGUGUCCUGGGCGCGGUGGUAGACGUCUUUGGGCAGAUUUCUCGGCCACACUACUUGGUGCUUCCCUGUGAGACCUGCAAGAAGGACUUACCCGUGGUGGGUGCGGCUGUGCUGGCUGCAACAGGCAUGGAGGAGACAAGCUUCCUUUGCGACAGCACAGACUUGGCUGCCUUGCAACAGCUUGAAGAUGGUAGCGAUGAGGAUAGUGACCUUGUGGACAGCGGCGAGUCUGAAAGCGAGGCUUCACCAACGUUCACCAACCUUCUGACUGAAGGGGCUGCUGCGCUGGAAGCUGCUUCAAGAAAUCUGGGAGGUGUCUGGGCACAGCCACAGAUCGAUCCUAAGAUGACCGCCGAAAGCGCCUCUUUGGCGGACUGUCCAUGGCGAAGUCCCACUCUUGGGGACAGAGGAGAGCCAUCCGCAUCUGCAUCUGCACGGUGCAGAUUCAAUGGCUAUGGCUCCAGUGAAUGGAGGCAGGCUGGGCAGGACCGAGGAGAUGAUGUGGUCCGACGAGAGGGCACUACCCACAGCGUCUUUCCAAAGAGAGAGGAACGCUUGCAGAGAGUACCGCCGCCACCUGUGCCACCUGCGCCACCACCACCUCCACCACCACCUCCGCCAGCACACGGCUCGAAGAGAUUCAGUGGCAAUCAGGAGGAGGAUUGCAGAUGGGAUGUCCGAUCCAGACCCAGUGCAGCCACCAGACCAAAACCUUCAAAAAAUCCACGACUGGGUGACUGAUCGCCUCAUGGGCCACGUGCUGUGACAUCCGGAGUGUUGGUGGGAGCAAAAAGAAUUUUAAGACUCAUUGCAAGUCAGAAGGCAGAAUCCCAUGGAAAUCCAUCUAAGGA